AUGUUGGUCACAAUGUUUUUGAGAAUAGAAUAAUAUGACAAGUUUGACCAAAGACUAAGAAGUGGCAGUGUUUUUCAAAAAAAAAUUAAUAAUGGGGUGUGUGAGGUGAUUGCUUUAGUUAGUAAAUCAAGCCAAGCAGCAGGGGCAGCUUUUUCCUUUCUUUGACUGAGGAAAAUUGUUUGUUGUGUUGUGUGUGACUCUUUCUUUGGAUCUUCUUCAAUGCAAAGCAAUGCAUUGCAAUGCCAUUUGACUCGUUCUUCAUCUUCUCCAUUCAUUCAAUUUCUUCGCAACUUUGAAGAUCAGAUGAUCAAUGGAUUGCAUUCAUCACCGACCGAUUGUAUUGACUUUGAGCAGGAAAAUUUGCAAGUUUUGAACGAGAAGAAGAAGAAUCAAUGGAUUGCAUUUUACCCAUUGUUUGAUAUAAUGUUGUUAUUAAUGCUUUUCCACGUGCUUGGCAUGCCUUGGCUUGAGGGUUAGUCUAUUUGCUCUUGUCUUAAAACGGCAAGCACGCUUUGCCGAUCUCUCUGAGUAUUUUUUGGGUAUUUGGGCCAAUAGGAGAGGAUUUUGUUGAAGCCGGACAAAGAUCAGGGCAAUACGGUGCAAUUGCAGGCUCAGCCAAUUCCUUGAGUUUAUGACGGAUAUAUACACAGAAUUAGCACACUGCGAUAUGCUUAUCAGGGACAGUAGCUGCUAGUUGUAUUUGGGAAUUUUGAAGUGCAGAACUGUUUGUUGGGUUAAAUAGUUUUAUUCUGUGUCUGCAAUGGGGUGCUUCAUGGGCCAGAGAAAUAAAAAGAAACAGGCUGAACAAAGUGUGGUUAGAAGUGACAGAACAGUGAAUCUCUAUGACAACAAGCCAGUACUUUUGCCAGAGCCUGCGCGAGGUAGUGGGGCUGAUUCACAAGAAGCUCAAAGCCAUAACGGGGGACCGCAUUCUGGUCCUCCAAGCUUCAGGAGAAAAGUGAGAACAGUACAGCAUGUUAACUGGUUGAUCAACAAUAGGCCCAGCCCCAGAGCCUUAUCCGCACCAUCUAGCUUCAGUAGGACAGAACAAGAUUCCCAUAAGGAACUAUAUGGAAAAUUGGAGCAAGAAGAAGAGAAACCACAGAGAGUUUCUCCACCUCCACUUGGUACAAAGCGAGCACUUUCGGUUUCUGAAGCAGUACAACCCAAUAGGAACUCUUCUCAGUCUGGACCAGUGAGCCCAAUAUCUGCUCCUGUAGGCUCAGACAGAAAGGCAUUUUGUGGCCAGCCAGUCCCUCUUCCAUCUCCUACCUCCCUUCAUGAAAAUAGCUGUACUGUACGCAGCACUGCCCGUGAAACAGCCUCAUGCUCAUCACCUUUGAACUCUGCAUCUCUCGGCACAGGUCUUAAGAAAUUUGGAAGCCUUAAAGGCAGCAGCAACUUCAAGAGCUCUGGGCUUGUUCCAAAUUCUGAACCGAUGCCUCUUCCACCCCCAAAGGAUAUGUUGAAUCUCCGUUCAUUCACAUAUGAAGAGCUUUCCAGUGCUUGCAAUAAUUUUUCACAGGAGUACUGUUUUUAUGAAGGUCAGGCAUCUCUGGUGUAUAAAGCUUCUAUUAGAGAUGAGUUAUCAGGACAGAUGAUUGAUGUGGCAAUUACUCGUUUUGUUGCUACUUCUCAGAACUUUAAGGAGUUUAUUAACGAUGUCAAUACAAUAGCUUUGCUACAACAUCAAAACUUAUGCAAAUUAAUUGGUUACCAUGCCCGGGAAAAUGCUUGUGAGCGUAUGUUGAUUUAUGAAAUGCUCCCGCAUGGAAGUCUGGAUCAACUUCUUUAUGGUAGAGCUAAUGGGCUACCUAUUGAUUGGUGUACAAGAAUGAGAAUUGCUCUUGGUGCAGCUCAAGGACUUGCUUACUUGCAUGAAGAAGGACCUUUCCAGGCUAUGUACAGUGAUUUUAAGGCUGCAAACAUUCAGAUUGACAAAGAUUUCAGUGCAAAGCUUACUGAUUAUGGAUUUGCUAGCUGCACUCAGGAGAUAGAUUCUGUCAGUAAUUCUUCUACGGCAGCAGCAUAUUUCGCACCUGAAACUUUGCCACGAGGAUUGUUGACACCCAAGAGUAAUGUUUGGAGUUUUGGGAUAGUUCUUCUGGAAUUAUUGACUGGACGCCAGAACAUGGGAAAUUCCUAUCCAAAGGAGGAGAGGAACCUGGUCAAAUGGACAAAGUUCUUCCUUACUGAUGAAUGCAGACUCUCUCUAAUCAUGGAUCCAAAGUUGAAAGGUCGAUUCUCAGGGAAAGCAGCAAAGAUAGUGGCAGACCUUGCCCUGAGGUGUUUACAGAAGGAACCAUUUGAGAGGCCCACAAUGAGAGUAGCUGUGGAAGUGCUAAAAUCAGUCCAGGACAUGAAAUACUCAUCCAAGUUUCCCUUGAAGGAGCCAACAAGCCCCAAGAAUGAAAAUACACAGCAAAUUUCCAAACAAUUAGCAUCAUCUCCACCAAGGACAUCAUUUGUGGCAGUGCCUACUCGCCUAUUUCAAUCUCAGCCCCUAAUAGUAACCAGAGACUCAACACCAUGCAUGCCAGAGCAACCCAUAUCUAGAUCUCCCAGCUUAAACAAAUUGAUAAUCUCAUCCCCUUCACACACUGCAUCAGAUAUAGCACUGAGCCCAUUGAGACCGCUGAAACCACUUGUUGUGCCAUCCAGAUCAUGUGCAUCAACUUUUGCACUGGAGGAAGUUCUUAUCAAGCAAUGCAAAGAAACUGCUUCUCCAAGGCAGCAGCCUACUAGAGUUGAAGGAUUCUAGAAAAUACAAUAAUUUUCCCCUCCAAUUAUAUUAUUCAUUGAAUUCACUUUUUCAACUGAUUUUAAUAUGUAGAUUACUACUAUACAAAUGUAACAUCUACAAAGCUUCAUCUGUAUUAUUUACCUACUAUUAUUGUGUGGUGAUUGGAUCAUACAUGCUUCAAGGAGGCUGUAUCUUCUAUUGUUUUGGCUGUAACUGUAGCGGCAGGAGCAAGAGGUGAGGUUGAUCUCAACAUUGUUGAGGUUGCAACUGUAAUGCUUACAGUGAGAAGGGUCUAAAAUCAGACCCAGAAUUAGAGUUGUACCCAAGAAAGUUUGGUCACGUGCUUAUCAAAAGGAGAAGAGACUUGUGUUGGGAUCCAGAACAGGAGGAUGGACGGUAAAGUGGAAGUUGUUUGUUUGUAAAAAUGUGUCUGUAUAAAUUCAAUCUUCUAAGGAACGCUUGGAGGUAUUCUAUUAUAUGUUAUAUUAAGGCUUCUAUUAUUCAAAUUAAUAGAAAGAUCCCACUUUUUGUUUGUUGCAUGAGAA